CUUCCGGAGAAAAGAAAAGUGAAAGUAUUUGGAGCAGAUCGUGCAGGAAGCUGAAGACAGUGCUUGCUGCCUCCCUCCAUCUCCGUCCAGACACUUCAGAUGUGCUGGCCAACUCUCGUUCAUCCUGUCCGAUCACCAUGAUGUCACCAAUGUAACUGAUCGGUGUGAUGUUCUGUGGGAUGUCCAGGUGAUCCAGAUCUCUUCUAUUUUAUGACAAAGGACAGGUACCACACUUGAGAGAUCAAUCAAUUGGUAGACAUUUUCCUCAGAGCUCCAGGGAGGCACAAAGGGAAUAAACGUCUGCUCAAGGUUGAUCCUGGGCCAGCUCCAUGACCCAGUGGGGCUGGCAGUGGAAGAUGGCGAGUGGAGGCAGCCAGCUCAGCCGCAGUUAUGACGGAUGUACACCUGACAGCAGCAAGACCUUCUGAGGAACCGAACGUCGACUACAGUUUAUCAUGCAAAUAUCUAUAUAUACACAAACGAGUUUCUUUUCUUAAAAAAAGAAAAAAAAAGUACAAAAUGUGUUCAGGGGAUAAAUACAAGAUAUAAAAUGCAAACGAAAACACACACAAAAAAAACCCCAAAAUGGAAAGAUAGAACUCUCCCAGAGAACUAUAAAUGGAAGGGACAGGGGAGGAACCCUGCUGUGUUUCGAGGCCGCAGAACCACUGAUAUUGAAGAUGCUUAUUGAAACGACCGAACCGAAGCCGGGUGGCUCAGUGCUUGACCGCCCAGCCCAUCACGCCCCGCUCUGCUGCUGCACUGACAGGAUGUUCACAGAGAACCAGAACCUAGAAGACCAAACCCCAGAGGAGCAGGCUUUCUAUGAAUUUAUUUUUACGUUCUUCAAAGAGAAUAAGGUGGAGAUUGCAAGUGCAAUAAAUAAGCCAUUUCCUCUCCUUAUGGGCCUCCGAGACCGUGGCUUUAUCUCUGAGCAAAAGUACGAAAAUUAUGAAGAAGCUUGUAGUAAUCGGGUCCCAGUGCAAAAUGUGGUCUAUCGUGUGCUCUGUGAACUGGAGAAGACAUUUGACAAGACAGUUCUGGAUGCACUGUUCAGCAACACAAACCUAAAGGCCUAUCCUGACUUACUUGAGAUCUGCAGAAGCUUCCAAAAUGUGAUUUAUGACAACUUCUAUCAUGAAGCCAUUAAUGAAGAAGAGACAAAGGAAAUGUUCCACUUACAAGUACCCCACCAGUUAGAGUCCUGUGAACACUCACUUCCCCAAAUGAAUAAUGUCAGAGCACUGGAAGAGACAUCCAGCUUACUGCCUAAUGAGGGGCGAGCUCCCCAGAUGAUCAGUGAAGGAGAACUAGUGGAAGUGCCCAGGCAAGUGCUAUGUGACGGGGAAGCAGAAGGUAACAGUGCCUGUUUAGAAAUGUGUAAUGAAGAAGAACCUCAGGAAGACUUGAACUCAUUACCAGAAAGUGAAUCAGUCUCUGCAGCGACCUAUGAUCCCAGAGUUUCCCCAGUGACUAAUGAAGGAGAACUAGAGGAGAUGCCCAGUCAGCCAGCAGAAGAGGGACAAGCUCCCCAGAUGAUCAGUGAAGGAGAACUAGUGGAAGUGCCCAGGCAAGUGCUAUGUGACGGGGAAGCAGAAGGUAACAGUGCCUGUUUAGAAAUGUGUAAUGAAGAAGAACCUCAGGAAGACUUGAACUCAUUACCAGAAAGUGAAUCAGCGACCUAUGAUCCCAGAGUUUCCCCAGUGACUAAUGAAGGAGAACUAGAGGAGAUGCCCAGUCAGCCAGCAGAAGAGGGACAAGCUCCCCAGAUGAUCAGUGAAGGAGAACUAGUGGAAGUGCCCGGGCAAGUGCUAUGUGACGGGGAAGCAGAAGGUAACAGUGCCUGUUUAGAAAUGUGUGAUGAAGAAGAACCUCAGGAAGACUUGAACUCAUUACCAGAAAGUGAAUCAGUAUCUGGAAAACUAGAAACUCUCCAAAUGAAUAGAGAGGAAGAAUCAGAAGAGCUUAGUUCCAGACUACUACUCUGUGAUGGAGAAGAAGCUGAGCUACCAGCAGAUGGAAAUGAAAAGUGUUCCUGUGUUAUGUGCUUUUCAAAAGAUGUGCCAGAAGGUCCUGAAAGUAGCCAAACAUGUGACAUGAGGGAUACUGUGGGUCUUGAAAACACCUCUUCUUCGGGAAGACUCAAGAGGAAGAGAAGAAAAAAGAAAGGACAUGCCUGGACAAGGAUUAAAAGGAGAUAUCAGGGAAGAGUAAAUCAAAAAGAAAGAAGCGACACUGCUGACCAGUUGGUCUCCAGUGAGAGAAAAGUGAAAAAACGUCUGCAAAGAAGUGCCAAGAUCAGGGGGAAAAGGAGAGGCAGAAUUCAUAGUGAAAGGGCCCCACAGAAAAGAUUCCAGUCAAGAGGGUCAAGAAGGCGCAGAGAUGAUAGUGUGGAUUUUCACUCUCAAAUACUUCCUGUCACCUGUGGUAAGGUGAAGGGGAUGUUAUAUAAGAAGAGACUGAAACAAGGAGUCUUGGAGAAGUGUAUACAGAGUGAGGAUGGAAGAUGGUUCACCCCCAAGGAAUUUGAAGCCAAAGGAGGCCACGAAAAAUCAAAGAACUGGAGGAUGAGUGUGCGUUGUGGUGGGAGGCCCCUACGAUGGCUAAUGGAGAAAGAACUUCUACACAAUCCUCCAAGAAAAUAUUUCAGGAGAAGAAAGAAAAUACCAAGGACUCAUGACAACAUCUUGGUUGACCCUCAACUGGGAAACUCCAACAUAUGUGAGAUGUGCCGGAGAGGAGGAAAGCUGUUCUGCUGUGAUACUUGUUCGAGAUCUUUUCAUGAAUACUGUCACAUCCCACCUGUGGAAAUUGAGAGGAGCCCAUGGAGUUGCACCAUCUGCAGGAUGGAGUCUUUUGGAAGGCAGCCAUGUCACAGGGAAUCUGAGGCCCUGGAGAGACAGAUGCAGCCUGAGGAGCAGUUGAAAUGUGAGUUCCUCCUCUUGAAGAUUUAUUGCCAUUCAGAGAGCUCAUUUUUUUCGAAGAUCCCAUAUUAUUACUAUAUUAGAGAGGUUUCUCAAAACCUGAAGGAACCCAUGUGGUUGGACAAAAUCAAGAAGAAGUUGAAUGAACAGGGUUAUCGCCAAGUAGGGGACUUCGUGCAGGACAUGCGUCUCAUCUUUCAGAACCACAGGGUGUCUUACAAGUACAAUGACUUUGGCCUAAUGGGACUUAGACUGGAAAAAAAAUUCGAGAGGAAAUUCAAGGAAGUGUUUGCUAUUGAAGAAACAAAUGAGAGCAGUUCACAGGCAUAGUGGAGGGUGUUGGUAUCCUGGAAAAUUCCCUUUUGGGGCAGAAAUUUCAUCUCCCAUCCGCUGUGAGGAUUGGCUGUGGAUGCCACCCUUCCCCCAAAAUAUCACGUUCUGCCAAUGCCAGCUUCAUUUGGAGUUAACACCUCUUGGACCCAGCCCCAAGGUGGGACCAAUGUGUGGUGUGAUUCAUGCUCGUGCACCCCCCAGAAGAUCAAGCUAGAGCUAGCCUCUAGCUGCGACCACAUCCAUGCUUGGUUUUUCCCACCAUGCCAUCCUUCUUCCCUCUCCUUUCUUCUCCUGAAAAACUUCUCAUAAUAAAUCACUUACUAAAGAGA